AUGUCCUCCAGGAUCACAUUUCCACGCCCUAAACAGGGACUGGAUCUGCGGCGAUCGACCCUUGGUCUCGACCAGUGUCUCGACGUUGAAUACCCGCUCCCUCUCAAAAGAAGCGCCCGAGUCUUCCUUGGCCACUCGACACUUCGUGGUAGGCGGGCACAAGAGGCCUCGACGGCGCAAAGACAGAUGUUUCAUUUCGGGGCCGCGGAAUCGGUCCUUGGGCAGGACGAGGCAAACGAGCUUCUUUGGAGCCUCCUGCGCAUUCCCGACGACGCUGCGUGCUGUCCGCAGCCCAAGAUCCGCGAUACUGUCCUUGCUGGUCCUGGUCUGCGAUCCGAGCUCCUUGUUCUUCGGUGUUCGAAGACAUCAGCACUAUGGUUGCCAUUCUCGAGGCGGCUUCUCUGUGCCAUGGAUAUGUUGGGUAGGGGUUUCGGGCUUGAGAGGCGGCUGGUGUUUCUGGGGUGCUCUAACGAGUGCCUCCACUAUGCUGGUAAUGACGCAAACUACGCCCUGAGAGCCCUCCUUCUCCUAGCGUACCAUGCACUACGACCAUCUGCCUCCUCGUCGGAUGAUAUUAGGGUAUUGACAUAUCUGAAAGCUUUGGGAGCACAGCCUCUUCCGGACACAGCACGACGGAAUGCUAUAUAUAUCGUACGCGCAUCGAAAUUAACCUGCGAGGACUUUCCAACGAACGCUUCAGACAUGGGACAUAUAUCCAUUUGGGACGAGUCCGAUUUCUCCUUUUCAUAA